GAUAGUAUUCCAUUUUAUUAUUUGUAUUAAAUAGAUAUUGCAUUUGAGAGCGAAGGGUUAGUUAUUUUGAAAUAUUAAGGCUGCAGAUCAAGCCGGUAUAGAUAUAUAUAUAUAUAUUUUAUCAUUUAAUUUCGAUUUAAAUCGAGUCGAGACAACAGUUUUGCAAUUUUUUUUUUUUUAUAUAUAUAUAAUUCGUUGUAUUUGCUCAGCCGUUGAAUAUAUCUAAUUAAACCUCGGUAAUAUGUAAUUAUAUUUAUAGUUGCAUGCUGGUUUGUAAUGCAUGCAUUUAAAAAAGACGAAAACUGCCGGCUGCGCCUCUCCGUCACCAACCCCCUCCUUUCUCCUCUUUCUCCCCGCGUAGGAGCCUCCGAAUUCGGCCACAGCUGUUCGUCCGACUCCGAGGCCGCACAGAAGACCGCUGCCAAAAUCUGCAACUCGGAAUAAAUAAUAUAUAUAUAUUGUUUUGUUUUUCUAGUACAAAAAUGUUUUUAAUAACCGACGCAACAUCUUGACGGAUUAAGGAAGUAUUAACGGCAAAAGUCAUGUACGUUUUGUGACAUUUCCGUUUCCAUUGAAAACUAAAACUGUACCCGGAAAAAAACAAAACGAAAUAUAUAAAUAUAUAUAAAAAUACCCCAAGUUUUAUUACCGCAAUGAUACCGACGAUCAAACUGAGCCGGAGUUUCAAAACGAUUAUAAACAGCGAGAACUGAACUAACGCUGUUUUUAAAUAAAGAGGCGACAUAAUAUCGUAAAUAUUUAUGUAUAUAUAAAUAAAUAUAUACCUAUAAAACACCUUUUAAUUUUUACCAUUACAUUACGAAGACAAAAACACCUUAAUAUAUUAAACCGGUAUACCAUUUUUUGACACGGAAUACUGUCGUUUUUGAAAUCCGGUUUAAAAUCAUUUUGAUCGUAUUACGUAGUUGUCGUGUACUGAAUAUAUGAAAUUAAUAAUUGUAAUAUGGAGAAUGAAUACAUGUAAUUAUAUAACGGUAUUAUAUUAUAUGUAAUGUUUAAGUUUUUAACGCUUUUUUAAAAUAUUAAAUUGAACAUGAAUAAAUCCGACCAGGGGAAUAUUUAAAUUAUUAUUAAUAUUUGAGUCUAUUAAAAAGGUCGUGUUAUAGUCAGAGCUAAUACAGAAUAUUUUUUAGGUAGUUUCUGACGUCAGAUCACGACCGUCGGUAUUUGGGUUGAAUUACCGGCUACAGCGUUUCAGUUUGUACCGGGAUUCAACAUUCCGGGGUCCACGAUAUCGAGGUUUUUUGUAAGAAUUAUUAUUAUUAUUAUUAUUAUUAUUAUUAUUAUUAUUAUUUUGCAAAUCUGAUUUUUUUUUUCGGGGUGACCGUGAGAGAUUUUUUUUUUUUUUUUUGGAAGUUAAUAAGACUUGGGAGAGACAGGGAUAUCCAAAAUAAAUAACUAUUAAACACGUUAAGCCAGUUGUGCUUGUCACAGCUCUCAGGAUGACCAGGGAACUGCAGCUGGAAGAUGAGCUGCCAGACUGGGCCGCAGCCAAAGAGUUUUACCAGAAAUAUGAGCCCAAAGAGGUCAUUGGCAGGGGAGUGAGCAGCGUGGUGCGCCGCUGUGUUCACAAGUACACCGGGCAGGAGUACGCGGUGAAGAUAAUCGAGAUAACGCCGGAGAGAAUGAGUCCCCAGCAGCUGGACGAGGUGAAGACCUCCACCAUGAAGGAGAUCGACGUGCUGAGGAAGGUGGCAGGACACGCCUCCAUCAUUUCCCUGAUCGAUUCCUAUGAAUCCUCAACCUUCAUAUUCCUCGUGUUUGACCUAAUGAGGAGAGGGGAGCUGUUUGAUUACCUGACGGAGAAAGUGACUCUGAGCGAGAAAGAGACCAGGAGCAUGAUGCACGCUCUCCUGCAGGCAGUGCUGUAUCUCCACUCCCACAGCAUCGUGCACAGGGACCUGAAGCCAGAGAACAUCCUGCUGGACAACGAGGGAAACAUCAAGCUGUCAGACUUCGGGUUCUCCUGCCAGCUGCAGCCUGGGCAGAGGCUCCGAGAGCUGUGUGGGACUCCCGGCUAUCUGGCUCCUGAGAUCCUGCAGUGCUCCAUGGACGAGACUCACCCGGGAUACAGCAAGGAGGUGGACCUCUGGGCGUGUGGGGUGAUCAUGUUCACUCUGCUGGCUGGCUCGCCCCCCUUCUGGCACCGGAAGCAGAUGUUGAUGCUGAGGAUGAUCAUGGAGGGGCGCUACAGCCUUGACACCCCAGAAUGGGACGACCGCUCCGACAACGUGAAGGACCUGGUGUCUCGUCUCCUGGUGGUGGACCCGGCUCAACGCCUCAGUGCGGACCAGGCCCUCGCUCACGCCUUCUUCAGACGCUACGAGAGGGAGGAGGUUCGAACCUUCAGCCCCUACAGGAAAUUCAGGGUGCUUGCUCUCACAGUCCUGGCCUCGAUUCGGAUCUAUCACAGUUAUCGGGGCGCGCGGCCCCUGACGAAAGAGGUCCUGGUGCGGGACCCCUACUCCCUGAAGGGGGUGCGCAAGCUGAUCGAUGCCUGCGCCUUCCGAAUCUACGGGCACUGGGUGAAGAAGGGGGAGAGUCAGAACCGGGCAGCGCUGUUUGAGAACAGCCCCAAAGCUGUGUUGCUGUCGCUGGGAUCGGAGGAGCAGGCGAGCGCGGGGAUGUUGCUGAGUGUGGAGCCCGAGGCCGGGCCGAGGGCCGGCUACUGGGGAUUCUGAUUUUAAAAAAUAUAUAUAUAUAUAUAUUUGUAUUUUUUUGUGUUUCGGUCAGGGGCCAGAUUCUGUUUUUCAAAUUCAAAUUUAAUUUUCAAAUUCCUUUUUUUUUAAAAUCAAUUUCCAAUUUUCCCCCAUCCCCUUUUUAAUCAAUUCCAACGCCAUCGUUGAUCUCAAACUUGCAAAUCUGCAGCAUUUUUGUUAAAAUGAACAAAGGUACGUUUGUUUGUUUGUCAAUUAAAUAAAAUUGGCUUCAAAUGAAAGCAGCUGAACGAUCUCAGCGAUUUGUUAUUAAGACUCUAAAAUAGACUCUAAAAAAUUCGAAGGAACUAGAAAUUGAUUUUAAAAAGGAGUAGGAAAUAUCUGUCAGUUUGUGUGUCUGUAUCUGUCAGUGUGUGUGUGUGUCUGUAUCUGUCAGUGUGUGUGUCUGUAUCUGUCAGUGUGUGUGUGUGUCUGUAUCUGUCAGUGUGUGUGUGUCUGUAUCUGUCAGUGUGUGUGUGUGUCUGUAUCUGUCAGUGUGUGUGUGUGUCUGUAUCUGUCAGUGUGUGUGUGUCUGUAUCUGUCGGUGUGUGUCUGUAUCUGUCGGUGUGUGUGUGCGUCUGUCUAUCUGUCGGUGUGUGUGUGCGUCUGUCUAUCUGUCGGUGUGUGUGUGCGUCUUGUCUAUCUGACGGGGUGUGUGUGCGCCUGUCUAUCUGACGGGGUGUGUGUGUGCGUCUGUCUAUCUGACGGGGUGUGUGUGCGUCUGUCUAUCUGUCGGGGUGUGUGUGCGUCUGUCUAUCUGUCGGGGUGUGUGUGCGUCUGUCUAUCUGACGGGGUGUGUGUGCGUCUGUCUAUCUGUCGGUGUGUGUGUGUGCGUCUGUCUAUCUGUCGGUGUGUGUGUGCGUCUGUCUAUCUGUCGGUGUGUGUGUGCGUCUGUCUAUCUGUCGGUGUGUGUGCGCGUCUGUCUAUCUGACGGGGGGUGUGUGUGUGUCUAUCUGUCGGGGGGUGUGUGCGUCUGUCUAUCUGACGGGGUGUGUGUGUGCGUCUGUCUAUCUGACGGGGUGUGUGUGUGCGUCUGUCUAUCUGUCGGUGUGUGUGUGCGUCUGUCUAUCUGUCGGUGUGUGUGUGCGUCUGUCUAUCUGUCGGUGUGUGUGUGUGCGUCUGUCUAUCUGACGGGGUGUGUGUGCGUCUGUCUAUCUGUCGGGGUGUGUGUGCGUCUGUCUAUCUGACGGGGUGUGUGUGCGUCUGUCUAUCUGACGGGGGGUGUGUGUGUGUCUAUCUAUCUGUCGGUGUGUGUGUGCGUCUGUCUAUCUGUCGGUGUGUGUGUGCGUCUGGCUAUCUGUCGGUGUGUGUGUGCGUCUCUGUGGUGUGUGUGUGCAUCUGGCUAUCUGUCGGUGUGUGUGUGUGCGUCUGGCUAUCUGUAGGUGUGUGUGUGUGCGUCUGGCUAUCUGUAGGUGUGUGUGUGCGUCUGGCUA